CUGUUGCAAAACUGGAAGAACUCAAAAUUUAAUCACGUUUAUGUUACACCACCGCUGAGGUUGAUGUAUGCGAUGGAAGGGUGAAAGAUCUUGAGGCAUAAUCGAUGGGAGAGGGAGAGCAGGUGGAUUUUUUGAGCAAUUGCAGCUGCUACGAAAGCGAAACGCCGAUACGAAUGCGAAUCGCGGGACACCGUUAUUGGCUGCGCCGAUACAAGGACAGCCAUCGGAUGUCGGAUCCCGUAGAUUCAAGGUCAGUCGGCACAGCAGCAGCGCAAAUGCACGAAUAUGUGCGUCGUCAUAUGGUGCGAGUGACGAAGGUAAAAAGAACCUCGGUUGAGACAUGUCCAGUAACAGAAACAGCUGCAGAUAUCAGUAAAGCCAGCUACGAGCACCGUUGCCGAUGAUUCCAUGUAAUAAUACCAUCUUCCCGACUCGACACCGUACCUCAUACGCUAUGUCCCAUGAGUAUUACCGCAUAGUAACAGUAUGAGCAUACCUGUACAAGAGGCAUAUAGAUACGGUGUGAGCCAAGAUCUGGUGCGUCGUCCACCCCCGUAUAAAUGGUCGUCGACGAGCAUAUGGCAAAUAAGAUGGGACUCUCAUGGGAUGUUCCGAUUUAUCCCGACCAGAGUGAAUUCGAACGUGAAAACCGAGGUGCGGUUAUCUCCGAUAGCUAGUCGAUCGUCCUCCUCGUCCUCGUCAUCUUUGGUGAAGGGGCCUGGCGUGAAAUUUCCCGAGUACAUCUGUCCGAAAACCGAUCUUGGAAAUUUUGCCCAGAUCUUCAGCAUCCCCUGCAAAAGUCACGCCGAAUGUCUCUUCCUAGGGACGGAUCAACUUUGCUGCAAAAGGUCGUGCAGGAAGGGGAUUCUUGCCCCGCCAAAGGAACCCCAACACCGACCCGUUUUGGGAGUGAGUCGUAUGUGCCCCAAGGAACCGGUGCCCGAAUUUCUACCCGUUAAAAAAUGCCAAACUGAUUUCGACUGCGAAGAAGAAAGACGAGUCUGCUGCCCGGACAAGGACCUUAAACUUUACUGUCGAACUGCAGCCCCCGUUUGGACGCAGCUUCCCUUUCCACGUACCCAUGCUCCUCUGAUGUCCCUAAUCGGAUACUUGCAGUGCCAAAUGGCUCCACCACCGGUUCUAGACUUGUUUCCACAACCCUGUAAUCGAACCAUUGAUUGUUUUCCAAAUCUAUGUUGUCAAGAAGGCUCUAGCAAAUUUUGUAGACCACCCAAGAAAUCUAUGCUAGCUUUAGUUGCUCAGGCGACGCAGAGAUUUGCAAAGGGUUGAAGGAACAGAGAAUAAGUGACCGAGAUAUGCGCCAGUUGAAUGCAAUACGUAAAUAUUUAUGUAUUAUUUAUCCUGAAAAGGUGCUCAAUUUGUAUAUAGCAAAGGAAGAGAGAAAAAUAACUAUUUUUUGUUUUUGA